GGACAGUGGUUUCGUGGCGCGCUUUGCUCCACGCAAUCGCGGGGAUGCAAGCGUCUUGGCAUCGUCAUCUCAGAAGCCGUUUGCUUAUCCAUUACGUCUUUUCAGCCCCAAGGAAGGGAAGAGGAGAACCCAUCCGCUCUGCCAUGCUGGAUGUCAAGUUAAGAAGCCGUCCUUCAGGCAGGCUAAACCAGGUGCUGAAGAUCCGUUGAUCUGUCGUUUUGCCGCCGAUCUGCCGUCAAUCUGCCGUGGAUCUGUUGAUCGCGAUGGGCAGUGCGACAUGCACUGGGACGACAUGCGCAGGAUUUGCCACGUCGGCGUCUCUGCGACGUCGAUCCAUUGAAAGCCUGCCACGUGGCGGCCUGUCGACCCAACACCUAUCAUGUUCGUGCCCAUCGCCGUCUUCGGCAAAGAGCGCGUCGUCCUCGCAGACUCUCUCGCAAAGGCGCGGCCUUGUGAAGACAUGUGCGACAACCUCCGAGCAACUAGUGCGCGGCAACACCGGCGGCGGCGGCGGCAAUCCCGAGGCUUCGUCCGCGGCAGAGGCGCGCAGCACCCGCAACAGCACCGGCAAUCGCCGCCAUGGCCGAAGCGGGGGAAUUGAAAGAGGACUUACCUAUACGUACUAUUCGAAUUCAAACUCCUCGUUUGUGCGAGGGGCACGUGGCGUGUCUUCCUCAUCUGCUCUCUCUGAAAAUCGACAUGCAAGACGGUCCAUCACCGUCCGCUGCCACGUGGCGGCGGCAAGAACAAGCCGUUCACCGGAACCGCCGCCCCUCGCCGGGAUAGCGACGGCGCCGGCGGCGGCGGCUAAAUCCGCCAUCGCCAUCGCCGCCGCCGCCGCCGGCAGCGAAACGGUCCUGCUGACUGAUCAGCAGCCAGAUCUUCUUUCCCCAUCGAUGAUCGCAGGAGAUCGGACGGCAGCGACAACAACAACAACAACAACGUUGACACCACCCGCCAUGACCGAGAGGGAGGAGGAGGAAAGACUGCGCUAUUUGACCGAGAGGACAAUUGGCGGCAUUCCCAAGGACGAAUUUCUGCGACUAAGUAAGCCAGCUCGGUACCUGGGCAACGAGUUCGGCGCGGUGCACAAGGCUUGGCGCUCUGCAUCCGUCCGAUUUUCCUUGACUUAUCCCGAGAUCUACGAGGUGGGAGCGAGCAACCUGGGUCACAUUGUUCUCUACACGGUGCUUAACGACACCGACGGCCUUCUCUGCGACCGCUGCUACAUGCCAGGCGACGACAUGGCUGCCAAGCUUCGGCAGCACAAUCUUCCGUUGUUCGCCGUAGAGUCCAGGCGCUCCCUCUCGGAGUUCGAUUGCCUGGGCUUCAGUCUGAGCUACGAGUUGGGAGCGACGAAUGUUCUUGAAAUGCUCUCCUUGAGCGGCAUUCCCCUGACUUGGGAAGCGCGCCUCGGGAAUGACGACGACGACGACAAGCCGUGGAACGUAGAGAUGGAGGGGGGAGGUAGCAACUCAGUCUGGCCCUUGGUCUUCGCCGGCGGCCCCACCGCCACUUCCAAUCCUGAACCCUUCUCCGACUUCUUCGACUUCUUCGCGCUCGGCGAUGGAGAGGACUCCUUGCCGGAGAUCGGACGGUGUCUUCAGCAGUGCAAAGCCGAAGGUUUGUCGCGGCGCAGCACCUUGCGCAAGCUCGCUUCAACCGUGGCAGGCGUGUAUGUCCCUCAGUUCUAUGAGCGACUGGAAGGCUGGGGGGGGGCAGUCUUUCCUAAAGAGGAAGGCGUGCCGGCGCGCGUCGUCCGACGUGUCUCCAUGCCCGACCCUUUUCAGCAGAUCGGUCUUGUGCCGUACGUCGAGACCGUACACGACCGAUUAACGGUGGAGAUAAGGCGGGGAUGCACGAGGGGGUGUCGAUUCUGCCAGCCUGGCAUGCUUACCAGGCCGGCGAGGGACGUCGAUCCCGAUCGGGUUGUCCAGGCUGUCACCGACGGCAUGAGAAAGACCGGGUACAACGAGUUCUCUCUUCUGUCGUUGAGCUGCUCGGACUACCUGGCGCUGCCAGCUGUCGGCAUAGAGAUCAGAAACAGGCUCAAGGGGGAACCCAUCUCCUUGGCCCUGCCGAGUCAACGCGUUGACCGAUUUGAUGACAACAUCGCCAACAUAAUCGGAGGGGCAAGGAAAGGCGGGCUCACGUUUGCGCCGGAGGCGGGAACGCAAAGGCUGCGAGACAUCAUCAACAAGGGGCUGACCAAUGAGGAGCUGCUACGCGGCGUCAAAACCGCCUGGGACAAAGGGUUUAAGCAAGUGAAACUCUAUUUCAUGAUCGGUCUUCCCGGAGAGACAGACGCCGACGUCAGGGGUAUUGUCGAGACGGUGAAGUGGCUGCAAUCGCAGUGCAGAAGAGGCAAGCAACGGAUCGGGAUCCGGUUAACCAUCUCCAACUUCAGCCCGAAGCCGCACACGCCAUUUCAAUGGCAUUCGGUCUCGACGGCGGAGUUCCAGAGGAAGCAGAGGUUUCUCCGGCGGGAGCUGUCUCGCCUCCACGGGGUCAAGUUCAAUCUGACAGACGUCAGGAUCUCAGCGAUGGAAGAUUUCCUCAGCAGAGGAGAUCGACGGCUGGGAAAGGUCAUUCUGCGAGCGUGGCAACUGGGCGCCACAAACGAUGCAUGGUGGGGUAAUUUAGACGAUUGCUUCGCUAAGUGGUCGCAGGCGAUUGAGGAAUCGGGGCUGUCUUGGAAAUACCGACAGGUGGAGGAAGGGGAGUGGGACGUUCUGGAGAAGCUGGGUGAUGGGCAGUACAGAGGGCAAGGACAGGGGGGGAAAGGGCGCUUGGAUCGGGGCAAUCUAGCGGAUGACAGGCUAGAUGCCCCUCUUCCAUGGGAUGUAAUCGACACGGGAGUGGCAAAAUGGUGGUUGAAAGCGGAUCUUCAGCGGGCGUUGGAGGCAGCUACAGUGCCGGACUGUGCACAUAGCGGCCUGUGCUCAGAAUGCGGUGUCUGUGGGGAGGAGUUUGGGGAGAAUGUCGUGGCGGAGGUGCCUCCUAUCCCCGAGUUUGUGGGUCAGUUCGUUGCAGAUCAACGACGGACCCAGCGGCUCAGAAUCACCUUCGGUAAAGAAGGAUCUAUGGUGUACGUUGGGCACUUGGAUCUCAUGCAUCUAUUUGACCGUGCGAUGCGGCGGGCCUCGCUGCCCGUCGCUUUCGAUGGCGGCUUCCAUUCCAUGCCCCAGAUUGCCGCGGCCAUGCCUCUCCCGCUCGGUCACAGCAGUUGUGCUGAGCUGCUCGAUGUCUAUCUUACAGAGCGUGUGGGUGUGGACGAGUGCAAGCGAAGACUCGCAGAGCAGCUGCCUCAUGAUCUUCCCAUCCUCAACGUCGAAGCUCUGCCGGUCAAACACCUCAACGGAAAGUACUAUGAAACGACGGGAAAGCUGCUCGUCGCGGCGGAGUACGUUGUUUUGCUCCAUCCACGUGAAGAGGACGAGGAGGUGGUGGGAGAGGAGAGAGAGGAGGAGAGAGAAAAGGAGGAGAGAGAGGAGGGGAUAGAGGAGGAGGGAGGGGUAUUACUCACUGCUGUGCAGCAGAGUGUUGUUGUUCCGGAUUUGACCAAGUACAAAGAAUGGAUAAGAGAGGUGCUCUCCAUGGAGACGUGUAUGGUCGCACGACCCGCCAAGGAAGGGAAAAAGGAGAAGGUGGUCGAUGCUAGACCCCUGUUGUUCGAAUUCGAGGUGUAUAAAGGGGUACUUCCAAAGGCAAUGCGAGCCCCACAUGCUCCUAGUCGUUGCCAAGGAGAUGUGAUCGUACGGUUCGUGGGCAAGUGCGGUGGCGAUCUUGGCCUCAGGAUCGAGGAUGUCCUUGAGAUGCUCAGGCAAGUUGCAGGUCUGCCCUUCGUCGCUGCUCAUGUGCAUAGAAAUAAGUUCAUCCUUAGCGAGCCCGUCAAACCCAAACCGAACGUGGAGUACCUUACCUCCGUCGUCAGAGAUGAAGGCUUUCGUGCUUUGUACCGUAGAUUCGAUGGGACUAGUCGGAUCCAUAGCGAAGAUGGAACGGGAUCGGGACCGACUCAGGCCGAAAAUUAUGUUGAUGCCGCACGGAUUGCCAGAGAGGCUAGCGUGGUUGCGUCUGCGGCUGGCGUUCGUGUCGUUCGCAUAAGUGACGAUUGUCCCCUGCGGUUGUCGUCGAUGAGCACGGUCGUUUACGCGUCGGCGGCAAGGGAGUCCAGUGUGAAUCUCGUGAUGUCAUCGGAAGCGGCGUCUGGGAUGGACGUUGACGGCGGGGCAGGGCGCGGUGGUUUGACGACGGCGGAGAGGACUGCUAUUGCUGCGGUGGUUAAUGCCGUCCUCUUCUGCUGCCAGAUGGCGAGCAACGACGCAAACUUCAAAGCGGCUGUUCGUGCACGGCACAAGCUCAUGGCGCUUCCGACGACUGGGCAGUGCUUGGAUGUGGCUGCCAUUUCCGACGCGGUGCUGGAGGUCUGCUACGCGAUGGGGUGCGGGGGGUUUCCACGGGCRACUCCACGGUGGUGGGUGAAGCGGCGARCCGGCGGCACGUGSGARGAUCUGCRGCAAUGUGAUGACGCCACGGAUGAUUACUUCAAGGAGAAGCUUCGAAUGUYGCCUCGUGUUUUCCGCGAGAUCGCGGAGACUCUUUCCCCACUCCUUSAACGCCGUGUGACGUUCUACAGGGUGCCUUUGCAGCCAGACCACAUCAUUGCGUAUGCACUGUACAGGUGGGCGACGGGGGAGACGUACGACAGCGGGACGUGUAGCUUCGGCAUCGGGAGGGCUUCCGGCAUCACGGCGGUGCAUGACGUCACGGCGGCGUUGCUGAUUGCUUACCCCGACAAGAUAUCAUGGACCACAGGUUUGCAGAAGGCGGUCGUGUUGCGCGCCUUCGCGGACAAGGGGUUUCCAAACUGCCAUGGGUGCAUCGACUGCACACAUAUCUACAUCGACAAACCCGCGAAAGCCAACGGUGAGGACUACUACGACAGGAGAUGUCGAUUCUCCGUGCAGGCGCAAGUGGUGGUCGACAUGAACUUGCGUGUGCUGGACGUCUUCGUCGGUUAUCCGGGGAGUGUGCAUGACAUAAGGAUGUUGAACCUGUCGAGUUUGUGGGUGCGCGCAGAGUCAGGACAACUUUUCACUGGCCCGCAUGUGAUGCUGCCUUUCGGUGUGCGGACUAAUGGCUACUUGCUCGGCGACAAUGGUUAUCCGCAGUCGGAAUGGAUAGUCGUCCCUUACGGCGGUCUCGCGCAACACCCGACGGAGGCACGCUUCGACAACAAACAGAAGACGGCCAGGGGAGCAGUGGAGAGGGCAUUUGGCAGACUAAAGGGGAUGUGGAGGUUGUUCCUCCGCACCCACAAGCGCAACAUGGACAGCUUGCCGCAACAAUUCGUCGCCGUCUGCAUCCUCCACAACAUACUCACCGACGUUGGCGUCCCGUUUGAUGACAAUCUGCUGUGGGAAGUGGGUCCAGACGGCGUGCGUCGUAGAGUGGAUCUGGGGAUGCAUCAGCCAUUGAAGCCAGUGUGCAUGGAGUCUACGACGGGGGAUGCGCUGAUAUUGAGGGACGCGUUGGCGGAGCGGAUGAUUGCGCAGUGAGGUGGGCCGUGUUCGCAGUUGGAGACCCCGCCAUGAAUGAAACCUGUCUCUUAUA